AUGGAAGUUGAAGUUACCGACGUGAAUAAACAGAAUCAUGAAACUGUGAGCUGUGUUGUUGACAGGAAUGUGAAAUGCAUCGAUGAACCUGAGGUAUGUGGCCAUGUUUGUACAUGCACUUGUAGCUGUGUUAACGCGGUUGUAAGCGCGGAAUUAGAGGGUUUGAAGUUGGAAAGGACAAUCCUCGAAUCUCGGUUGCUCAGCGUAACCUCUAAAAGCGAUAAUGAGUCUGAGAUAAAAUCGCUCCGAGUAAAAUUAAAAGAUUUGGAAGCCGUAAUUGGACAUCAGGAUGAAUUAAUUCAGGUACUUAAAGAAGACAAUUCAUUCUUUAAGUCUAAAUUAUCAUCAAUAGAAAACUUCAUGCUUGAAGUAAUUCAUAAUGUAAAUCAAGAAAACAAUGCUAAUGAUACAAGCCCAAUUAACAUGGAAACUCCAUCUGCAGAUAAAACAACAGCUCAUUUGAAUAGUAAUAAUAAAACCCUAACGGAGAACAAUGAUCGCGGGUCAGCUAAUAAUGUAAUUAAUAUUCCAGCCGAAAUAACACCUUGGGUGCACAAUUGGAGAACUUGA